AUGAUUACGCUGUUUCGAAAAUACCCGCUAAUAUUCUCGAUAGUAUACUUAUUUCUAUACCAGGGACUCGGGUCUGCUAUCAUUGGCGGAGGGUCUGAAUUUGGUAUAGCCUAUGGUAUGUAUCAUAACUCACCACAUCUCGUAACAUUGUGGGCGUUUCCUAAUACAUUGUCUGGUGACUGUGCAUUGACAUUAUUUAUUCAAGUAGGUCUUACUUGGGUAGUUGAGGAACUUAUGGUAGGUUAUGAUGAUUAUCUAGAUAAUACAUUUGAAUUCCCUAAUUGGUUUGUCGAGUUUUGGUAUAAUUUGGUCGUAAUUAAAACUGGUAAGUUUAGUAGAUUCAUGCAAUGGUAUUUUGAAAUUAAUAAUGGUGUAAUGCCAUAUAAAGAUAAUAAUAAGUUUAGUAAUAAUAGAGAUAUUGAUUUAAAGAAAAUGUCCUUAUUUCAGUUCUUAAAAAGACAUGUCAUUAAAUAUCCAAAUGAAAAAUUAUAUUUUAAUAUCAUUGAAUGGUUAUUACGUAAAGUAUUAAGGGCUAUGUUAUUUGCUGUGACUCUAUUUAUAUUUGUUUGGCCUAUUUGUAUGGGUAUAUUUGCAUCAAUUGGUACUAAAAUAAAUGGACAUGAUAGAUAUUUUAAUAAUUAUCCAGAACCUGAAUUAAUGAAACUUUCUUAUGGAGCUGUCAUUGGGAUGAUUACGACCCCAUGUUCAGUGGCUGUCAUUAUACUUCGUAAUAGAAUUUAUGAAAGAGUCAUUAGAGAUCGUAGUUUUAUCUUUAAAGUUAACACUAGUGAUGCUACUCGUAUUUUAAAUUUCUCAAUGCCUAAUAAUGUAGAGGAACUCCCAUCACAAUUGUUCACUCCACCACAUGAAUCAGAUUAUGAUUCAACUAUGGGGACAAUAAUGCACGGAGAUUUAGAAAUUGAACAGGAAGAAGAAUACAUUAAUGAACACUUAACAGAAGAAAAAUUACAAAGGUCCACUAGCUCUCCAUCGACUUCCAAUUCGAUGGUAUCAUCAUUACCAAAGAGUAUAAUUGAUAAUUCAGUACAUGAAUAA